CUGCCUGUUAUGGAUCCGAAUUUGAAGAAGACAUGCGUGAAAACCACUAAAGAUGUUCGAAUCAUUCCAGCCAGCAAAGAAGUUGAAGAGAUCAUGGCAGCUGGUCAUGAACAUCUAUUUAACUCCCUGUGGGCAACGACAAAUAAUCCGUUCACGCUCAUGAAGCUAACGAAGCUUAUUAUAGAUUUGGUAAAUGAUAAGAAAUUUUUGGAUGACAUGGCUAGCGAGAAGUUUGAUAUUCUAAUUGCUGAGCCUUUCCUGUUGUGCCCGUUUGCUUUGGCGGAACAUUUGAAAAUUCCAGUAACAAUUGCAGCCAUAUCGAGCAUUCAAUUUGAAAUAGUUUCCGAUAUAAUUGGCGAACCAGUAUUGCCGAGCUUUGUACCCGGCUCAGUAUCUGUUUCAAAAAGCAAUAUGAGCUUCUUCGAAAGAAUCAAAAAUACUUUGAGUGUCAUAGUUUCACGAUCUCAUUUUCACGAUGGUUGGAGCAAAGAAACUGAUGUUAUCGAAGAAGCUUUCGGAAAAGACUUCAGAAGCUAUCGGGAAUAUAUGGCGGACGUUUCCUACGUUUUCACAAACGCUCAUCCGUACCUUUCAUAUCCCAGACCGUUGAAUAGAAAAACACUUGAGCUUGGAGGAAUUGUUGUUGAUCAAUCACUCAAAGACAAGUCAAACCUUAAAGUUCCUCAUUGUUGA